GGUGCUCAACAACGCGAUAAGCAAUUACAACAAUUACGACAACAGCGUAUUCAGCAGCUUCAAGAACGAAAACGACAGCAGCAAAAAAUUGAGGAACAUCAUCAGCAACAACAACAACAGCAAACACAUGACCAGGAAGAAGAAGAGGAAGAAGAAGAAGAGGAGCAACAAGACGAUGAACCACCCGAACAGCAGCCGUCUGUACCUUCUUCACCACCACCGUCGGGACACGAACCAGAGCCAGAAGAAUUAGAGCCAGAACAGGAGCCUGAGCCAGAACCAACACCAGCACCAGAGCCUCAGGCGCAGAUACCGGUUAUACAACAAGCACAACCAACAUCUGUAUACGGUACUCUUGCACCUACAAUGCCUGUUAGCAAAUCAGAACAGAUGGUGCCUAUGAAAGAUUACGAAGAAUUGCGACUUAAGCUAAAAAUUCUGGAAGCCAAGCGUCAAGAGGAUCGUGAACGUCAUCGUGAAAACGAAAAGGUCAAAGAGGAAGCUGAACAGUUCUUGACGCUACGAAACAAAUUACAAGACAAGAUCUCUGAACUUCAAAAGGAUUUGCGCGAUACCAAGCGACAGCUCAAAGAAAGCAUGAGUGAAAAGGAUUCAUAUGAAGCCAAGUACACGGACAUCAUUGAAUCAAUGGAAAUGAUGACGUUGGAUAAGGAGGUCGCUGAAGAACGCGCAGAAAACCUGCAACAAGAAGUUAACUUGCUCAAGGACAAAAUUGAAGAGAUCAGCGUUGAUUUGGAUAUCUUGCGAAAGGAGGCUGAUAUUUUGAACCGACCACCUACUGAUAGUAAUGGCGAUGAUAAGACACCAUUGGAAGUGAUCCAAUUAGAACGACAUAAUGAGCGACUCAAGGAUGCAUUAAUGCGCUGAACUCAACCGUAAAAUCAAGAUAUUAGAAAAAGAGAAUUAUGAACUUGAAGACUUUAAAUUGCAAUAUGAGCGUGUUAGAGAAAACCUUGAUAAUGCUGAACUAC